GCGACCUGCACUUUCGUCCAAAUGCCGGGCUUGGGUGCUGGAACCUUGGACCGCUUAACGCCGCUGCCCAAGAUCGCGUCCUGCUCAGCGGUCCCGAACAGCCGCUCCCCGCUUUUCGUAUACACUCACUGCUCGCCUCCCAGCCCCACAUCCGCCUUAUCGCCAAGUUAUGGGUAGUUCGUUACCCACCGCGACACCAUCCCUGCACCCCCUCUUCUGCUGUUGUCAUGCGUAGCCUCCACCGACGCGCAUGCUCAUUUCUCUUUCUGGCCGCGAUUGGUUCCGUCUCAGGGUCGUUCCAGAUGCCCUUCGUCGAAGACUUGAGCGAGAACAUGCGCAACGGACUUUCGCCUACGGUUGCUGAGGGACAGUUCCUCCUCAUGGCCGAUCAUCACGCGGGGACCGUCAAGGACGUCGCCGAUAAGCUUGGUGUGGGUCUCGUUCACGACGUGGGGUUUAUCGGUCCUCCGGACGCCGGGAAUCAGAUCUCCUUGCAACUGACUUUCGAGAACCCCCUCCCAUUCGGAAUGUACAUCGACACUUUCUUCGGGAAUGCAACUCAACGCGAUGGCGAACUCUUCGUCAGCCUCCUCCACCGUAUCAAGUUCUCUCCGGCAGUCUACGUCCCUCCCUUUCAUACCAUGAAGAGCCCAGUCUUCCGCGGUGCCGAGCUGAAUCAAGUUCCUACCUCGAACGAGUGCCGCUUGGAUCUCGAGGAUGCAGAGAUGGAAAUACGUAUCGAAAUGCCAGUCUUGGGUGCCCAGCUACAGCGCAAGGUGACCACGAAGCAGUCGAAUGUUCGUUGCUAUGUCAAUUAGUGCCAAAGGUGUCCCAUACUUACUACCUAGCCGGUCCAUGUUCGUCUAUGUAAUACCAACUGAUGACCCGUACGAGUCCGAGCCAGAAACAGCCCACGAGUGAUUCACGAACGGCCCGGCUCAGCCUUAGACCAGUCUCCACUUUCGCACAUGCGAGGGCCUGAACCUCCGGACGUGUGUUUUGGGUCUGUGACGGACUGUGUAAGGUCUCCAGACAUCCAUUGCCGUCUCGAUCACCUAACCCUAGUCAAUGUGCCUUCCUAGCAGAGAAACCGGAUUGCAGUGGAGGUUGUACAAAAGAGAAACUGAAAUGCUGGACCUUGACCGGGAGGCAAAUGCUCGACAGUGAGUGACAUGAGGAACUUCUGUAACCAAAGGAAGCGCGCGCAUUGGUCGGUUGGCCGUAGAUGCUAGCGAACCGUGACGGUACCUCGAGCCGCUGCUUCCUGAUCGCAGGGCUGGCCGGCUGAUUCCACUGCAGAAGCUGCAACUACAUCUCCGUCAGUGUCUUGCGCAGAGACUGCUGGACGAGGCGGAUAGACUCGGGUGCGGUGUCUCAGACUGUGCUGAACGUCGCCUUUUUGCUUCUGGAGCCAGCAUUUCUGGACACAUCGCUGUUUGCUGCGAAGGCUCGGCCUACGAAAGUCUCGAGUAUGGAAGAUCGACGCCGAUGAGCAUCAUCCGCCUGACGCCUGACCAAUGAAUUCUAUGCCCGUAGGCAUCCGGACAUGCAGGUGCCGUAGUGCCAGAGUCUGCUCCAGAGAGGCGUGCAUGGUAAGCAGCGAUGCCACUUAGACGAACCAACGGGCGUCACCAGACGCUGGAUUGCGUCCCGGACACAACGCGGGACCUGCGCGUGGGGAAGCUCCUUGACCCUCGAGGGGAUGCAGCUAAGGAACACUCUCUAGGAUUCUACAGGCUGUCGUGUGCCCGGGCAUCGGUUGGUGCUCAUGUCGCAUACGCAUCGAGCCCGAAACCAGUUGCGGCAAUGAUGGGGACAUCCCUGCGGGCAUUGGGCGAGGAGAAGUGUGGGAAGAGUGGGUGUCGUGCGUCUUGCAAAGACGGAGCGCUAGUCGCGCCGGGUGCGUCUGAUUAAGGAGAACUUAGCCCACUGCGGAUAAUGCCGGGGUUGUAAGGCCAGGGCAGAACAGUGCUGCAAGAGGGAGUGUUCCUGGAUCUUGGAAGGUAGAUUCCCGCAUGAGAAUGUGAUACGACGUGAAACUGCUGCCCUGAACGCUUCCUGCCCAUCCCUAAAGACGCUGUAAAUCCAUCCAACGGCCUUUCCAACACUGUUCCCAGGGGACCGGCCUGGCCUCCGCCUCGCCAUGGGAGUUCUGCUCCACAUGCUGGAUCAGCGUGUCAAUCGCCAGCGCUUGCCAUAUCGGACAAAUUUGUUUCACAGCGAGCGCGUUAUUGAGGGAUGGGUAUGGCUUGCGGCCAUAUUUCGAGAGGAAAGGCUGCGAUGCAAGAGAGAACGCGUGCUGCUCAGCGGGAUGACUG